AUGGGUUCGGUUUCUAUAUUUCAGAUUAAUGCAGAGAAGGAAUGUACAGUUGACCUGGUGUUCACCACAGAGCGCCACAACCCAGAGGAAGGUGAGGAACAUUUGGGGAAAUGUUCUGCUCGAGUGCUUUUCAGGAAUCAGAAACCCAGACCGGUCAUUAAUAUAACUUGUACACGGCUCACUGAGAAGAACAAGAGACAGCAAGAGGAUUACCUGCUUUACAAGCAGAUGGAGCAACUUAGAAACCCCUUGGAUGUAGUCAACAUACCUGAUAGUCAUGGACAUGUUGGUCCCUCUCUGCGGCCCAUCUGGGAGUUAGCUUUUCUUGGCAGCUCUUACGUGAUGUGGGAGAAGACAACGCAGUUUUUACACUACUACAUGGCACAGCUCAGCAGUGUGAAGCAGUGGAAAACAAAUGAUGGUGCAAUUGAUUUUGAUUAUACUGUUCUACUCCAUGAAUUCUCAACACAGGAAAUCAUCCCCUGUCGUAUUCACUUGGUCUGGUCCCCUGGCAAACCACUUAAAGUGAAGUAUCACUGUCAAGAGCUGCAGGCACCAGAGGAAGCCUCUGGAACUGAAGGAGGAUCAGCUGUGGCACCAACAGAGCUUAGUAAUUUCUGAAAAGAAAAAAAGAUCUGUUUAUCCAAAGUCUAAACAAAAUGACUGUACUAAAUAGCCUAAAUUAUUAUUCUAGUAAAAUAGCUAAGGUAUAAGGCAUUCUAAUAAUUUGGGAAACACUGUGAUUACAAGUAGAUAUUCAAAAAUUAAAAGAU